GAGGUACAAGCAACGGCCGCGUCGUGUUUUUUUAACACGCGCGUGUCUCGCCGGUCUUGCGCCUAUACUCGGCGCUCACGUAACUCGCGAAAAACUCAAAAUUGUGAAAGUGACACAUUGUGGCUGAUAUCAAAACGUUCAGUUUCCAUUAUAGGCCCUAGGACCCCUUUUUAAAUUCAAGGAUCGCUCAACUGCUACUCCCACAAUUUGCAGGUAUUGUUCGGGCAUACCAAUCGAUGUAUUGUACCGCGCAUGUUAUGCGAGAUUGAUGAGCCGGUAAGCGCGUCGACUCGGCGUUAGUCGCCGUCUUCAGACUUGUUUUGCAGCAAAUGAGGGGAUCAACGGAAUAAGGAGUCUGGAAGAAUCUUCGACGAACUCGAUAUCACUCUCGAAUCACGGCGAAACAAACACAGAAUCAGCCCUUGCAAUGGGAAGCACCGAUUCUGCUGGAAACACCCGCAACGGAGGACCAGCAUGUGGCUUGGUGAGCUCCCUUUUUCCAAGCAGUUGUAGGGGCAGAGCGGAGGCCUUCGCCAGACGUCUGCACAGACGAUUAACUUCUCUAGAUGGAGAACACGAAAAUCGCGACAAUGUGGAUAUAUCCAAACCUGAUGAAACCUCCUGGCUUAACUCCCCCAACAUCAGAAUUGGAACAAGUUGUUCUACAAACUCAUCGGAUAAUAAAAGCCACGUUCUGAAUCAUCAACCUCGACACAGUCCAGAAUCUGAUCUCUUCUUAGAAUUGGACCGAGAAUUCGAAGAAAAUGGAAUAUCCUCUCCAGCUGAAGAAGCCACUGCCUCGGAACUAGCCCACCUUCAUGUGAACUCUCAAAAUCUGAAAAUCAAACACCAAGAUGCCUCUAACUGUUCUACAGGGGGACCAAGAUCUUCUGUGAUUAACUUGGAUUUCGGAUCUGACAGACUUUAUUCUUCCCCAAUUACUGGAAACACUCCAGAAAGCGAUGAGUCAGAAUUAUACUUUGAUCCCGUAUCUUCCGAUGGAGAAAAGCAAAAGGAUAUAUUCUUCGACCCUGUCACUUCGUCCGAGAGCGAAGGAGUUUCAACUCUUUCAAAUGGAAGUGAUCCCAAGAUGAUGAAACUCCUUCUUCGGAAACUGGAUAUGACUAAGAACGAGAAAUCAACCAAGAAUCAUGACGACACAUCUGAGUCUAGUUACUCUUUGCAGAAUGAUGAAUUCGAAAUUCCAAGUUUGCAGGUGAAUAUUUCUGGGAGUGCAGAUGAUUCUUAUUCUAUUGGGAGGAGUUCACUGGAUACGACGUCUCAUGAAUCACUUUGGAGCACAUUUGAUGACAGUACUUUGUCAGAAUGCUCUGUAAGAAUUGAUCUUUUUAACGGUACUCAAAUGCGGGUUCCAAAAUCGCAUUCUGACUCGGAAUUGCCAGACCAGGGAAGAAAAUUGGUGAUUGACGAGGAGAAUGAAGAACUGGCGAGGAGAAUCGAGCCAGAUAAAGAGAAUGAGUAUCUGGGUGUAGAUUGUGUGGACUUUGCUAAUAGUACGAUGGAAGAAGCUGAAAUGACCAAGCAUCCCCUAAAAGAGGACCUUAAGACUCAUUUUGAAAAAGGAAUAAAUCAGUUCAUCGAAGUAAAGGAAAGAAAUGAUGAGCAUUCGAAACUUGAUUCUAAGGAAUCUAGCGAUACUGAAACUGAUCAGUCUACCUACAGCAGCACGAUUAGCACAUCAGGUAAACUUACUCUUGAAUGCGGAUCAGGAUCAAGAAUUAAUGCAGUCCCCGAAACCACCAAGAAGGAGGUCAAGUUGAUGAUCAAUGAAGAAUCCAUUCUCAUCAAUAAAGAAUACGAUAACACCACUGACUGUCAUCAAAGAUUAGAGGUUACCCCUGAACUUGAACUUCAGGACGAAAAUUGUCGAAAGGCUGCAGCAGAAGCGUACCCAGGAGAAGAGGAAGAAGAAUUGGAAUCACAAAGACCCCAUAGAGUCAGGCGCUGCUCUUCCCUAAAGACUGGCAAGACUCCUCCAGGGACUCCGGGUAGGAAAAAAAUCGUUCGGUUUGCUGAUGUCCUUGGUCUUGAUUUAGCAGACGUGCGGACCUUCCUCGAUGAGAUCCCGAAGGUUCCAAAUUCCGCAUAUUCGGAUCUAAUCUACGAUGAUCUCGUUUUUCAUAAAGACCCAAGUCCUAUCAAUUGUGGGGUUCAAUCCUGGAGCGCUAGAUACUUGGACAAUAAUCGGAAAACCUCUACACUAAAGAAACCUGAUAAAGUGCUGGUUCCGCUUUUCCAGCAGCCAGGAGGACUUCCCAAUUUCCUGGAUUUUGUUCGAGAUCGACGAGUUUGUUUGGAGAACGCUCUGGUCUGUGAUCUUGUGAAUCUCUGCAUAACAGGAACUGUUCGAGUAUUGAAUGUAGACUUCCACAAAUCUGUCCACCUUCGAUAUACACUCAACUCUUGGAAGAGUUACAGUGACCUUCAAGCGACCUACGUGCCUAAUUCCUGCGAUGGAUUCAGCGACAAAUUCUCCUUUGUCCUUUAUUGUCACACGUUGCGCUUUGGCCAGAGGCUCGAAUUUGCUGUUAGGUUCCAGGCUAAAGGCACCCAAUAUUGGGACAAUAAUUUAGGCGUGAAUUAUUGUUUCCAGUGCCUACCAGCGACCCCAGAAGUUGGGUACAUACCCAUUACCUCACCCGACCCUGUACAGGAUUGGUCACCUAUGUUUUAUUAAUUUAAGAACAAGGACUGCAAAUUUCAAUUCACGUGAUCUGGAAGAAAAAAAUGGUUGAUACUAGACAGGAUCUUGCGGAAAAAAAUAUUCUGAUAACUCUGUAGAUUUUUUCGGUUUAGGUGCUAUAGGUUUUUUAUAUUUCAUCGACAUACUGGGGGCUUGUUUGCAAUCUAAAUCAGGAGUUAGAAUUUAUUAGGACUAAUUAGGAAUUAAUUGUAUCCUUUAAAAGAAUCGUAAGUUAUCGAUCCAGGUUUAUCUGAGACGUUAAUCUUCUAAACGCAGUGUUGUCACUAUUGAUUCAGCAAAAUAGUAACACAUCUAGUUAAGGCCAUGCAAUACUUGGCCAAUGCCUACCUCACACUGAAAAAGAUGGUUUAGCUGCUCAAGCUAAAUGUUUAACUGGAUUUGUUAAUCUAAAAACACACAGCUGUUAUCGAAAUAUCAAGCUGUAUUAACUAAUUUUUCUAUUUAUAAAACAUAACAAAAUUAGGUUUCGAAACAUUUUUUUUGUUACUAUAAACAUUUAUGACCAGAUAAACCUUCUUUAGUGCCUUUGACUUUAUUUCUAAACUUUCAACUAUCUUAUUUUAUCUUAUUUUUAUAACAUGGCUUUAGAUCUUUAAUUCUUCCACAAGAACCUAAUCAGUCUCGAAGGCCUUUGUCCUCCAACUUAAGAUACUAAUAGUCUAUGAUACGAAGUCUAUGAGAAAUUUGUUCUUUUAUACGCGUGUAUAUUUUAAUCAAACUGCGCCACAAAAGUUUUAAAAGUCGACAAUGCGAAAGAAAGGAUGACUGGAGCGAAUUUUAUCCUAAUAAUGUCGACGUAUGUGGAAUGAAGAAUUUUAUAAGAUUAAGGAACCUAGGUUCGAAAAUUAUUGUUGAUCCUUAAAGAAACGAGGAGUGAAUUUCAAAUCUAUUCUAUGACAAAGAAAUGAUCAACAUUCUUUUUGAGAUGACUUUCGAGUGAGGAACUAAUUAAGUUGACAAUGACAUUGAAUUUAUGUAGGUGUCCUCAGUCAGGUGCCAAAUGCCAACCUUCGGGAGUCAUUUUCGUCGUGCAAAGCGGAACUGAUGAAAUGAAAUGUUUCCUGAGGUAGAUGCUGUAUCGUAUAUACGGUCAUUGGCUCUGUGCCAUAAAGAAAAAAAGACGACAAGUUUCUUACUAUAUCAAGGUGCUCAAUUUAGCUUGCACCUAACGUCAUUUGUGGACUAACUAGACUAAGUUCUGCAUUAAUCAAAUCAACUAAAUACCGGCUGACCUUAUUUUUUUAUCUGUAAUGUAAUCCAAUUCCUAAGAUAUCCAAUGUUCCCAUAAUUCAAUAUUACCAAAAAUUAAUUUGAUCAGGUUUCUGCGGGUAACUUGAAUCUCUUAGGCUGUUAUUAUUAACGUCCAGUAAAGUAAACGAGAGUAAGAAAAUAUACAGCGCUAAUGAAGCACAUCGACAAAUACAACGAUAUUUUAAAGAAUGUUAUACUUCAUAGACCAAUAUAGAUAGUAAUGGCACCAUGUCCAUUAGGAGGUCCUUCUUUUCAUUUGUGGUCGUUUUAAUCAAACAGUGAUAAUUUUUAUUUAUUGCUAUUUGAAGAAUGAAUUUGUAAAAGUAUAUAAUAGAUAUUUUGUGCAUAACGGUAAUGUGUGGGUUUAAAGCAAUCACUUUUUGAGAAAGAUUUUCAAUUCCUAUAGUUUUAUUGUUGUUGACUAAUGAAAUUAAUGUAAAUAUAAUUUUCGUGAAUACUACACAAAAAUAUCAUUCAAUUGGUACUGCUAAAGAUACACAAGAGAAAAGAUGUAUUAAUUGUAAUGAAGCGCAUAGUGACAUUUAUUUUUGAACGAACCUCUUACUUUUUUUCUCUGUGAUCUUGCGAUUUCCAAGGACAAGUAAAAUAAUUUGAUAUUAAAAUACUUUUAUAUAUAUGUAUCGAUAAGAGAUUAUUUAAACGUUUUAAAAAUUAAAGAAAAAGUUAUUCUAAUACUGUUGACUUCCUGAGAAAUGUGGUGCUAAUUGUACAAAUGCAUACCUUCUGGUGUGGAACGUCUUGCAAGAAAUUUAAGGUGUGGCGGAAUUUUCUUUUAACUAUGGUCAAUAUUUAAGAGUUCAGCAAGCUCAACAAUUGAAUAGAAAAUAGAAAAAUAACGAUUGAAUUGAGAAAUGACGCUUUUCAUAGGAAAUCCUAACUCUCUAAGUUAAUUGUAAAUUAAAUAUUAGCUAAAUAUACUCAUAUUUUUACAUGGAGAGCGCAUCAUAUUGUACCUCUAGUCCAUAGAACGGCAAAAAUUAAUUAAAGAAAUAAACGAGAGAUCGAGAAAUCCUCAGGAAGAAAUCAAUGAGAAUUCAAAUGUCUUAUGCGACUUACGCUGUUUUACUUUUUUCUUUGCAUCAUCAAGACUUUGUGAUUAAAAAAUGAUGUCACGUCGAAAUUUAAUUUAAUUUUAAUUGUAAUUUAUGAAUUACAUCGCGCUCGAUUUCUUUUCUAAUAGCCAUUUUUUUCGUGCUGUGAAUUGUUAAGAAAUGAAUUUAGGCUGUGCUAAUCGUGGAUCAAGCGUUUUGCCGAAGAAGAUUAAAGAUGUCAAUGCGUGAGUGUGUAAAUUAGAUCGAGAUAAAAAGCGUCUUUAUUCAAAAAUCUUUUUCCUAUAAAAGCGUCGUUGAACUUUUAUCACCUUUUAUCACGGUGGAUUCGCUUCUUAUUUUAUUCGUGUAUAAGAUUUUAAUUCUAUUAACACAGCAUGGAACGUGAAAGAAUUUUUAACGUUCCUGGUGAAAGCUCCUCGCCAAAGGAAGCAUUUUUUUACAAAAAAUUGUAUUCCCCUCUUUAAGAAUCUGUGAAGAAUUCUAUAAUGUAAAAGAUAGACUGAAAUCGCGAGAAAAAAUGUGUUGAAGUGGUAAACUUUUAAUUUUGCUAUUUCAGCAUUGCUUGUCUAAGUGUUUUUAAAUGCAAUUGUGAGGAACUGUUGUUGAGAUUAUAGUUUUUCUUAACAACGAGCGGAGUUAUGUUUUCGAAGUAUGUAUUCAGUAGUUGUAGAAUAUAAGCCUUUGUGUCAUGUUAAACUUUUAUUUUGUAAUUGUUAUAUAUCAAAUCAAUUAUGGAACUCGUAUGAAGUAUAUCUAAAGUAAUUAGUACCUGAAAGAUGAUUGACGCUUAAUGUUAAAAAUUUGAAGCGCAAAGACAGUAGGAAACAUAGCUUGAUGGACGUUCUAUGAAAAUAUUGUUGGUCAUUUAUGAUUUUUUGGAAUGGUUUAAGAACUAUAUACAAUUAAUUUUUGUCAUAUUUGUCAUUUUCUGAAAGAAAUUUUUAUACAUUUUUUUCUAUAUUUUUCUGCUUUUUUGGCAUUAACGGAAAAUCGUGGAUCUAUUUUUUUUUGUGCAAAUCAUAAAUUGAAUAUUUAAAAAUAUGGAUAAAAAAGAGUUCGAUUUGAGAUGCAUGUGCGAGUUUUUCAAAAUGUUUCGUCAAUCCUCGAAAAAUAAUGAACAAUUAGGAUAAAUUGGGAUUUCAAUAAACGGUAAAAAAAACCAGAGAUUUGAAUGAAAUUAUAGGUAUUUUUUAUAUUUGCCGUUUAUUUAAAUAAAUCCAAAAUAAUUUUGCUAAAUAAAGCUCAGUCUAAAAAAAUAUCAAGAGAUAAUGAUGCUAGAAAGACACAAUGUUAAAAUUAUGUAGCAAUUAUACUUCAUAUAGAUAAGAACAAAAAGAAACGUAACGAAACAUUCGUUACGUUCCUUUUUGUUUCUUUUGACAUAAAACUUGAAGAAACAAAAUCUUGACACUGCAAAUAUAAGAAAUGCCCCUUAGUUCCAUUCGAAUCCAUGAAAAAGUCAACAUUGCUGUAUUUAUCAAUUUUAAAUCUCUUCAUUUUUUGGUCGUUAAUUCAAUUUAAAACCAAAAACUUUUAAAAUUAUUAAAAUGAAAUCUUAAAACAUUAAUCUUGGAAUCCAUUUUUUUAACUGAAAAAGACUUGUUUUUGUUAUUUAUUCAUAUGCUCAGUGUAUGUUUUUAAUCAAUUGAAUUAAUUGUAAAUCAGAAUGGAUGAGUGCAUGUGUAUUUAGGAAAGUCUGUAUCAUAAAGAAUGCGUGAAAACUGAAACCAAGCAUCUAUACAUAUUAUACACGAACAUUUAUUGAAAAAUCAUAUCUCUUUAAUGUUGUUCUAAAUGUUAUUGCGACAAUAAAUGAAAAAUUGAAUUACA